UCAUCGUAUCUCCACCACCCAAUCUACAAGUACAGACCCCAAAACGAACGAUACAACAUAUGGCCCAUUCACGAGAGAAUUGAAGCAAACCCAUGUUAACCGCAGCCGGAGACGAUGAACUACUGGACCCGGUCGUGGGACCAGAGCCGCCAACGGAAACAGCCACUCCAAGAGUGCUGACUAUAAUCUCCCAUGUGAUGGAGAAGCUCGUGGCACGGAACGAGUGGUUAGCUAAGCAAACUAAGGGGUUCGGGAAGAGCUUGGAGGCGUUUCACGGCGUGAGAGCACCGAGCAUAAGUAUAGCAAAGUACCUUGAGAGGAUAUAUAAGUACACAAAAUGUAGCCCGUCGUGUUUGGUUGUCGGGUAUGUGUACAUAGACCGGUUGGCUCAUAAGUAUCCUGGUUCUUUGGUUGUGUCCUUGAAUGUUCAUAGACUCCUCGUCACUUGUGUCAUGAUUGCCUCCAAGAUACUAGACGACGUGCACUACAACAAUGAGUUCUAUGCUCGGGUAGGAGGCGUGAGCAAUGCAGACUUGAACAAAAUGGAGUUGGAGCUUCUCUUUCUCCUUGACUUUAGAGUGACAGUGAGUUUUAGAGUUUUUGAAAGUUAUUGCUUUCACCUCGAAAAAGAAACGCUACAAAACGGCGACGAUGUUUCUUCCCUUAAAGAUAAUCGACCAAUGCAAGAGAGUCUCUAACCUACAUCGUCUUUAUCAUCGUUACAUGUUUGAUAUGUAUACAAACGUUUUUUUCUAUUA